ACUGCAACGUCUGAAUGUCGCCUGCAACAAUCCUUGUCGACACCGUGUCCACAGGAAGACCAAACGUCGCGGAAAGACUCAGAGUAUCGACGGUUCAAGUCCGAAGGCUCAUCAGCCGGCGCACUGCCAGCAGGACCCGAAAUGGAGGUGGCCAUCGAUGAUCUCUCACCCAUUGCCGACGCUAGUUCAACGUCACCCCAUCGUUUCAAUUUGAUAGCGGGCUGUACCAUCGUGGCGAAGGUGAUGACAAAAGCGUGGAUGAUCCCGAAAGUUUCGCACGAUCUCUCGUUUGCCCUGUGCGAUUACUUGAGGGAAAAGAUGUACCUCGACGCGCUGAUCAAGCUGUUCAUUGGCCCGACUACUUGCGAACCAGGUCUGUCUUCCUGCUUUUGCAAUUCGGAACUUCCGAUGAGUCAUCGGUGUGUUGCAGUUCGAUUAGCCUGUGGUCGAGUGCUGGAAGAGUGCAUGUCGUUGAACAAUAGGGAAUAUAUUGUGAACAAGGGUUGGCUAAAAAAGAUCGUAACGAUGGCGAUGAAGCUCAACAAGAACGCCGAGCAACAGCGGAUGAGCCUCAGCAUCAUGGAGAGCAUGUUCAAGCACAGUUCAAGCACUUCGAUGAAGCUGAUAGAAUACGGUGUACUGGACCACAUCAUUAUCACAAGCAAGCGUGCCAUGGACACGCCCACAACGCUUCGCCAUGCCGCUCUCGGCCUGGCGAAUCUCACACUUUACACCUGUUCAGAAGGCAAGAAAAAGCUCAUUCAGAAGAAGCUUCCGGAAUGGUUGUUUCUGUUGGUGAAUCAAGACGAUGAUCUCACACGGUACUACGCGAGUUUGGCGAUUUGCAUGUUGGCCAGUAUAAAGGUGAGCCACUACUAA